ACAGAGCCGAAGAUGUCGGCUCGGUCAUGUGAUCAGCUGUGUCCAAUCACAGCUGAUUGCAUCAGUGCCACCUGUCAGUGCUCAUCCAUGCCACCUGCCAGUGCCACAUCAAUGCCACAUUUCAGUGCCUACCAGUGCACAUCAAUGCCACAUAUCAGUGCCCAUCUGAGCUGCCUUUCAGUGUCACCCAUCAGUGCCACCUAGCAAUGCCUAUCAGUGCCGCCUAUCAGUGUGCAUCAGUGCCGUCUAUCAGUGCCCGUCAGUGCUGCCUAUCAGUGCCGCCUAACAGUGCCAGUCAGUGCCAUAUAUGAGUGCUGCCUUUCAGUGCCCAUCAGUGAUGCCUGUCA